AGGACACUUGUGUGCUGCUUAAUAUUUGUGUUUUUGGAGAGAAAAAAUAUUUUAUGCACUGCUCGACAAGCCUAAAUAAAUUGAUUAAUAAAAAUGAUAUUGUAUGCAGUUGACCACUAAGUGCGAAGCAAUUCAGACGAAUAAUUUAAAUAUUGAAAUGGAUUUUAUACCAAAAAACGAGAUUCUAGAAUUGCAUGAUGAUAUUUUGCACAAAGUUAGGAAGGAAGUGAACCUAGAUAGGCCCGGCGAAAUGAAACAAGCUGUUAGUAUUUUAAAGGAUUGGAUUAAACAGCAACCACAUUUUAAGCGGAAGGAAUUUCCUGAUUUUUAUCUGGAAACAUCAAUACUUGGAACAAAAGGAUCUCUGGAACGUGCCAAGAAACAGUUUGAUAAAGUAUGCACAAUGCGGACCCUAAUGCCGCAUUUUUUUGAUACAUUUGAUGUCAAGAAUGAUUUAGCCAUACCCUUAUCAAAAUCCAUCCAUAUUGUAGUUCUACCUAAGUUAACAAAAGAAUACUACAGGGUUAUAGCAUUUAAAGUUGUGGAUGUCUUCGAAGAUUCAUCGAUGUAUUUAAAAUUCUUCAAAUUCUGUAUACAAAUUGCUGAAUACGCAAAAUGCCACGACUACGUUGGAAGCUUUAGAAUGGUCGCUGAUUUAACAGACGCAAACUUGGUCGAUUUCCUUUCGAAAAUUAAUCUUGUAGAAAUAAGACAAGUUAUGACUAUUUUUGUGGACGGCUUCGGUAUGCGGAUUAAGGGUAUUCAUUUUAUUACUCAAUCAAAAGCAGUUGAUGGCCUUAUAUCAAUAUUCAAACAAGUGCUGAAGCCAAAGAUUGCUGGUCGAAUGAAGGUUCAUAAAACUCGUGAUGAGAUUCUUGAUAUUAUUGGAGCGGAAGUAUUGCCUGUUGAUUUUGGUGGCAGAGAACGUUCAAUGGAACAAUUGUUUUACGAUUGGGUGGAUAUUCUAUCAACUAAAGAACACGAGGAGUUUAUGAAAUACAUAAGCAGCGCUUGUACAGAUGAAUCACUCAGACCAAGAGAUCAAUUUAAUUCGGAAUACGCGGGUUUACCCGGCACCUUUAGAGUUUUAAGUGUAGAUUAAUAUUAAGUUUAUUAAAAUAUCAUCAACAUUACUAUAAACUAUGUGUUGUUAUAAUAAAUGUACAUAUAUAAUAUGAAGCACUAUGUGCUUAAUGUUCUGUACUGUUAGGUGCAGUAUAUAUUAUAAUGUAGUUAGACAUAGCUAUUGUUUUUAUGUAGAUAUAGUAAUAGUAAAACAAUAUUAUUGAAAAUUUAUAUAAGUAUUCUCUACAACAUUUUCCAUCGUAUGAAAUUUUACAGAAAAGAUUACUAAUCCUGAAGAUAAUGUAACCUUUUCAAUUGAAAUGAAAAAUAUUUGAUUCAAAAGGACAAAGUCAGGAUAUAUUGCUUCAUGAUAUAGUUUAGUAACCAGUAACAGUAGUAAAUAAAGCUUUCUAAAUAGUAAGUGAUUUAGUUCCAAGUACAUUUUGUUCUUAAAUCAAAUAAAAUUUUAGAAAAAUGAAAUGAAACUGUAAGAGUAAGAUUUGUAAUAAAAAUAUUCGAAA